AGCUUUAAGACUACAGCAUUGUUCAGCAAACAGACAUAAUGAUUCAGUCAUAUAAUAUUUCAAAGAUGGGCUACAACAAUAGCUGCAUUAAACAGCUAAUAGAUUACAUCAAGGCAAAAAUUCAAGAAAAUGAGGAAGGUCUGUGACAUGUGUGUUCAAAAAGGAAUUCUUCAUUGAUUUGGUAUUUUCUAUAUUUAAGAAAACAGAAAAGACAUUAAAUGAUCAACACAGAAUGUUCAGAGAAGUCAAUGAUCCUGUUCUCUAUCUGAAGAAGAAGAGGAAUGAAUACUAUAGUAUUUUCAAGAAAUACUGUGAUGGAGCAACAUCAGCUGCUAUUUUUGGUGAAAUCAUCUGUCAGAAACUGAAGAGACCCAUUGAACAGAGUCUCUAUAAACAGACUGCCAGAGAUUUAGCAGAUGAAAUCAGAUCAAACUGUCCAUCACUGAAUGGAAACAGAUCAAAUCUGGAGAAACACAUCCUGAAGAGUCUGGCAGAAGAGGGGAAGUUUUAUGCGUUCAAUGACUACAUUCAGUAUCCCAAAGAUCACUUCAAGAGUUUCAUCACAGAUGAAGUCAAUCAGUACAUCAGAGAUCAGUUCAUUAUCAGUGUUCAACCCAAGAUGAAUAAGAACAUUGAAGACCUGCAGAAGAAGAUCCUGACAGCAGCUCAUGAAUCUACUGAAGAUGUUGAAGUGAAGAGUGGAGAUGUUGAUUUGUGGUUGAAGUUUUUCACACAGAUGCUCUCAGAUGUUCUGAUAUUCUCUGUAAAGGACCUCAGUGGAGUCAAACAUGAUAAUGUUUUUUUCAAACUCUUAGAAGAUGUGAUAAUAACUGAACUUCCAUUUAUAAUGUCUGACAUCAGCAGAGAGUUCAGCACAGAUACAUUUAAUGUAAAACUGGAUGCCAACAACAGACCAGAUGAGAUUCUGAUUGGUCACUUAUGUCAGUGCUGUUGGGUUCAGUGUCCAUUCUGUAGAGCCAUCUGCACCAACACAAUAGAAGACCAUGAUGAAGAUUACAGUGUUCCUUUCCAUAGAGUGAAUGGAAUAAAUGGGAUAAAGUACAAGGGCACAACAAACCUGUCUGUUGAAAUAUGCAAAACACAAGUAUCAAGCAACAUGACAUAUUUUUAUCCAGAUUCCACAGACAGGAGAGUCUUCUGGAGAGUAUAUAGAUCAGCAGGAGAACGUUUUGAAAAGUGGAGCAUCACCCCUGACCUCGCUGAGCUGCCUUACUGGAAGUGGUUUGUGUGCAGAUUUCAAAAAGAUCUUGAAAAGCAUUAUAAAAAGACAUUCCAAAAUAGAGGAAAGAUUCCAGAUGAAUGGAGACAAAUCACAAGACAGGAAGCUGUUGAAAGUUUAGAUAAAUACAUCUAAUUAAAAAGAAAAC